AAUUCCUUUGUAAAACACGCAUUUUCAAACUAAGAUACAUAAAACAAUCUCGCUGGGUCACUGUCUGGAUUUCGAAAUGGAUGUACGAAGUGAGAACAAAUAAAGAAUCGGAACGGGGCCACAAAGCCAAACCACCAGCACAAAGCCAUCGGGAAUAACACCAAACAGUAUUUCCGGCCUGCCAUGGCGAUGUUGUGAUGGAGGAACCAAUGAGCAUGGGACAUGAUUGCCUGACGGAACAUAACUGGAGACACACAGUUUGAAACUACAAACCAUGCAUCGAGCUGCUCGGGGCAGACUGUCUCCAUGGAUAGAGAGUCUGAUCCUGAGCUAUGGCAGUCCGGAGGGGGGCAGCAGCAGCAGCGGGCGGCUGAAGGCUCAUGUCAUCGGUGUGGGUCAGAUGUCUCAGUCCCAGGCUCAGGGCUCCGAGGGCCCCACCGGGCUGCUCUUUCUGUCCGACGGGGUGCUCCAGAUCCCUGCCAUUCUCACGGCAUCAGCCUGGGAGCAUCUUCAGGACCAGGAGGACCGCGAGAGUUUCACCAGCCUGGUCAACAGCACGGUGUGCCUUCAGGACUACCGGCUGCAGUUUCACAUGGCCCUGGAACAGACUAAAUGCAGAUUCUACUUAUCAGUUGGAGAGCUGGCUACGACCGCAGCCGGGCCAGUUAAAGACAACACCCCUUGCAGCACAACGCAGCCCUCCAUCAGGCUGAAGAUCUGUAAGACAUGGAGGGCCCUGCUGGGUCAGGAGACACAGGACUCUCAGAAGAGCCACUGUGGCUUUGAUCUGUCCCAGCUGCUGGGGGAGUGGCAGCAUGACUGUCUGCAGGCUGUGCUGGACGAUGUCCGGGAGAGGCUGGUGGUGGGGAGCCAGCAGCCCUCCACCUCAACUCCCAACUCAUGGCUUACCCCCCCAGACACAGUGACUGCCACGAGCUGGUGUGUUGACAGGCUCAGAUAUAAGGGAGUGAAGGCUUUCAAAGUCCCCAUGAAGUGUCUUCUCAUCCCGGAGGAAGAUGCUCAGCAGCUGCCAACGCCACCAAGUGUUGGAGGCAGGACAACAAGUGGACUUUCUUCUGCUGCCUCUGAGGACAGUAAGAGAGAUUUACCUCAAGUCGGCAAACCUCCAGAGACCACGCAGCCUUCUGAUGAUGAUGUAGAGUGGCGAAUAGCCGAGCCAGCAUUUGUAGACAGAGAUCAAGACGGCAAUGAGAAUUCCCCUCGCCCUGGGGAGGACAGCAUGCUACAUGAGGACAUGAUCCCAGCCAUGAUUGAUAGCGACACCCAGACUUUAUCCAACCCGUGGGACAUUUUUCCUCCACCAUGUGACACCUCAUCAUCCUCUGAUGCAUCCCCGGAAGCAACACCAACCCAGUCACUGCACAAUCCCACGGCUACCGAAUUCAAGUCUGCUCAUUCUGUGAUCCUAACCAGCACGCAGCUUCCUGUCCACAGCUCUAAAGAAUCCCGGCAGGCAUUAGAGUCCAGCAAAGGGGAGCACAGCUACCUCCCGCCGUACCAGAAGCUGCCACACUCAGCAAGCUCCCCCGUCACCGCUGGUUCUUUAACUUCUGCGAGUCCGACAGAGCCCUUUACCGGACCGUCAAACCUGUCGCCUGCCACAGACCAACACCACACCGACACAGCACAACCAAAUCAUCCAGCUUUGGACCAAGAAGGCCAGAUUUUGGGAAAAGACACGGAGGUGACUGUUGAGGGAAAAUAUAGAAAGGCAAAGAGAAAGAGAAGUGAGCCCACACCAGAAGCACUAAAGGCCUUAGUGGAGGAGGAGGAAGAGAAGGAAGCUGAGAUCGGUGGAAGCCCUCCGUCUUGGCUCUUUGACACUCAGGCAGGCCCCGGGGCCGAAGACGGUAGCAGUCACCAACGGGGUCAACCUCUCGGUGCUGUCUCCAGAAAGAGUCCCAGUGUUCACAGCGACGGCAUGCUGUUCUCUUACUCUUACCAAGUGUCAGGACAGAAUCUGCAGGAUUUCAGUCGGUUCCCAGUCGCAGAGUCCCUGCUGCACUGGGCCGUGAAAUACCUCGUUGUUCCAAAGCCGACAGAUAAUCCACACAGCACGUCAGUAACGUCCAAUCAGACCAAGUUCACUUCCCUUUAGGUUCAAUAUGUUGAUAGACAGUUUAAGACAGAGAUCUUCAACAGGGGGUCUGUGACCCCUGGGGGGGUCCCCACAGUUACUGCAGGGGGGCUUUCAAAUUAGUUUUUGAUUAUUUGAAAGUUUUUAGUUGCUGUUUAAAUUAGAAUAUGUCUGAAAAUAGACAUUAACAUGAAUCCAACAUAUUAUUAGCAAAGAUGAAGCGGCUUAUUUAAAAAAAACCAUGUAAUGUACACAACAUUGAUGAUACGCUGACUAAGUAAGGUAGCCAUCAUGGUAGCCAUCCACAGAUACAGUUAAGCUUAAGGACACUGUGCCUUCUAUAUGUUUAACAUUAAAACAUGAUGUAUGCAUAUACAUAUUGAUCCAUCCAUUUUCAUCCAUCUGGCCCAUGGGGUCCUUGGCCUAAAAGCGUUGAAGACCCCUGGUUUAAGCUGAUCUGUUUUUGUUUCGGUCGUUGUUUUCAGCUUGUCAGAUAUUAUCUCUAGGUAUAGUUAUAGUUGAGUAUUUUGUACAGUAUGUGUGAAGCACUGAGUAAAAUGUUUUAAAUUUGUAAACCAAUGUUGAUACAUGUUCACUGAAUAUUUUAAGCUUGUCCAGCAUGAAAAAAUAAAACAAGUUCCUUUACUGUCUUAAU